CUCGGAUACUUGAUCGUCUCUCUCUCAGGUGGUAGGCUGGGGAACCUGUAUUGCGACCCUUUAGUGGCAUCUGCUGGGCACAAAAUUACGGCUAGACAGCGGUGGACACCGACUCCGGUGCAGCUCCAGAUUCUGGAACGUAUAUUCGAACAGGGGACUGGAACUCCGAGCAAGCAAAAGAUCAAGGAGAUAACCUCGGAGGUGAGCCAGCAUGGUCAAAUUUCCGAAACGAAUGUCUAUAACUGGUUCCAAAACAGACGGGCUCGGUCCAAGAGGAAGCAACUGGGAUCAUCAGCCAACAAUGCUGAAUCAGAACAAGAGACGGAAGUCGAGUCACCGAAUGAAAAGAAGACGAUGAAGCACGAGAAUCAUAUCUCUCAGCAGAACCCUGCACCGAGAGCUGAAGAUCUGUGCUUCCAGAACCCUGAGAUAUCCUCCGACUUGCAUUUCUUGAGUGUCAUGUCCAAUCCAAAUGCAUACAAAGGUGGAGAUGAACAUCAGUCCGGAAAAAUGCGAAUGCCGGCAAGUUACAACAUUUACGACCAGGCAGAAGACUACGGCAUGGCAGGGUGAGAGAUGAGAUUCAGGUUGCGCAAACAAGCCAUCGGAGACUCCAAUCGGUGGGCUAGGGCCGACUGUGGAGAUAAAGAACUUGGUUUAAUCAUGGAACAAUAGCAUGCUUAUUGCUUAACAUCGUAAAGCUAAUACUUCUAGUUUGAACAUGAGAUGAGCCAGUUAAGCUGGAAAUGGACUUCUUUGUAUGAUUUCUGUAGUGUGCCAUUGUGUUUUGUCUUUGUUUUUCUUUUUGUUAAUAGAAGGAACCCCAUGAAUGUUCUGGCGAGUUCUUCAUUG